AUGCAUGCCACAGCCGAAAGUCCAACUUUUGCGACCGACCUCGCGACGCAUCCCACCAACACAUCCCCAACACCUACAUCCCCCCCGUCGCUCACCCCCGCGCUCUCCGUCUCUCCAAAUGACUCCGGUACCUCCACCCUCCGACGCCUGAAGUCCAAAUCAUCCCUCUGGAGCUUAGGGAGUAGCAAUAACGAAGAAGAACCUGCCCCUGCUGAGCCGACUAGUGCCGGCCGAACAUCCAUCCUCCGCCGACUUUCUCCCGCCCUCGCGGCUCGUGUCAAGCUGCUGGACAGCAGUAAUAAGUCCGCGACGCAGAACCGGCAUGCCAAUGCGGUCGGUCGGAUCCCUGAAGAACACCUGAAGGAGCUUGAUAAUCUUCACCAAGAUCUAUCGAUCAAAGUGAAGAGGAAAGGCCAGGCGUGGAAUGGUACAAACAUCUCACCCGGAGAAACCCAGUUGAAGCGGAGCGCGUCGAACCAGCUGGAGCUACCCCACCAGGAUAUCCUUCGAGAGAUUUCAGACGCGCAAAGGGAGAGCCCGGAGUCAUCCGAAGCAGUCGUGGACGGUCCUGAACUACCCACUCCGCCCAUCAUUAUUCCGGUGACUGCCCAACCCGUGGAAAACAUCAGCCCACCUACGCCCAUGUCUGUCGCAGAGCCGGUUCUCGCGCAGCUGCGCGCACCCCCCAUGCCGAACCCACAACAUCCCAAUGACGCUCAAGAUGACCGGACCGACUUCGAGAAAUAUGUCGACGAUACUGCACGAAGAGAGGAACAGUCCGCUGAUGAGGAAUGCGCUCCAAAAUCCCCUCCCAAAGACUCGCCUCCCGCCGAGGCCGUGCACUCGCGCUCUUCAUCCAACUCUCAAUCAUAUUUCAACCCAAUGGGUUUGCAGCGCGCAGACUCCAUAUACUCUUUCUCCCGUGCAUCCUUCAGUAACCAGCUCUCGCAGCUAACCUCCAUACCUCUUCCACAACCAGCCUCACUUGAGGCAAGCAUCGAAAACAUUUCCACGGCUUUGUCUGCGGUUCGGGCGUUGAACGGCGCCGCAGAGCAAAUUCAAAUUUGGAUCAAAAAGGCCUCAGAUGUGCUGAGCGGCUUGGAUUCUGAAGAUGACGUGGAAUGGGCUGCGGCUGGUGGCCGGGAGGGGCUAGAUGAGGUUGAUAAAGCAAUCACGCGGUUCGAAUCCCUGGUCAAUGUGUACGUUAGGGCUAUUGAGAAUGUCCAACAUCGAGACGACAUUGCCAAUGUGGAUGCGGAUAACCUGAACACUAUUGUGAGCCAGAUGGAGAGCAUUCUGGAAAACUGGACUCAGAUCAAGAAAAAGCUGAAAGGCGUAAAAGAGCAAGUGGAGUUGGCAAUGGAGUGGGAAGAGCUUUGGUCGAACGUUUUGGGCGACGUGGGUUUGGAAGUUGACAACUUAAGCGGGCUGAUAUUUGAGAUGGAAGAGAAGCGGCAUCAGGCGUUGAUGGAUACGGGUGAGACCAGUGGAGGCCUUGACAUCAAUGAGCUGGAGACGAUCGUGGAAGAGUCUCCUUCCAAGGCCCGCGGACACACGCAGAACCGUCUGAGUAUUGGUCCUCUCUUGGCCUCGGCGUCUGCCACUCCCGUUAUCAAAACACCGCAGGACGAUACGAGUCACUCGAACCUCAUGGCUAUCUUUGCACGUAUGCAGCCAUUGCGCGCAUCGUUGGAAUUUUUGCCCAUGCGACUAUCAAUGUUUCAGGGACGCGCUGAAGCCAUUUUCCCGAGUGCAUGUGAAGAGAUUGAGGACCGGCGAAAGCGCUUACUGAAGAGCUAUGAAGUACUUGAGACCGAUGCUGAAGCUCUCCUGAAGGAGUUGGCAGAAGACAAGUGGAUUCUAGUUUUCCGCAAUGCUGGGUCUCAGGCACAGAAGAUGUUUCAAUCGGUCGAACGCAGCAUUGGGAAACUACAAGACGGGCUAGAAAGUGGCAUGCAGGUGCACAACCCGUCAACGUUGGCCAAGCUCAUUGAAAGCUUUGAGCAGAAGAAAAUGCAUUAUGUUCCUGCUAUUGAGCGUGUUGUUUCCAUCAUUCAAAAGGGUAUCAACGACCGUUUGACUGUCAAUGGUGAGAUUCUGCGCCUGCUCUCGGACAUGGAAUCCCGCAUGGAUGCUCUCAAGGCUAGCAUCAGGGUAAUGGAUACAUCCCUUGAAGAUGUGCACAUCCCCAAAGGCCACCAGCUACGAGACUCAAUCUCCAGCAUCAUGACCAUGGACAGUCCAGUCACAGGCAGUGCCAUCGAGACGCCAGGAAGCUCGCCUGCGUCGUCAGUCAUUAUUACCAGCACCGGGUACAAGCGCGCUUCAACGCCCAUGGGCGGCUCAAGUCGUCGCGGAAGUUCGGUCGGGAGUGCUACAGCCCGCUCGACUAUGCCCCCAAACCGUCGUUAUUCCAGCUUGCCGCAGCCCACGGCGAGUUACACCACUCGAAAGUCUGCAAUCCCCCAACCGGCAGGCUUUGUUUCUCCUACUCCAUCCUACAGAUCCACAAGCUACUUCACACCGACCCCUGGUGCUCGUUCUCGUACACCAGCCCCGCCAUCUACAAUCCCCAAUCGCCCACGCUGGAACGCCAGCACGAACCUGAAUGACUCGGCUAGUAGUUACAACUCGACACUACGGAAGUCAUCCACACCAAUCCCUCGCACACCUCGGCCAUCAUCAGCAAUUCCAUUCCCCGGCUCCUUCCGACGAGACACGUCUGCAUCUCCGAUUCCCGGCGGUCUUCGAUCAACCAGUCGCAUCUCGAGCCGCCUUAGUUCUCGGAGUCCCAGUCGGAACGUGUCCUCUCCCACACCAGCGCGGCCCUCGCUCCUCGACCCACCGCCGUACAGCCGGCUCUAUCGGCAAUCAGGAAUGUCAAAUACACCUCGCAGUCGCCAGAGCUUUGCGGGUCCGCCUACGACUUUCAGUCGAAGUGUGUCAGGAACUACAAAUGGUAUGGAGAGCCCCAGCAAAUCGGCACGACCAGGUACAUCGCUAGGCCACUCCAGCAAUAGGCGGACCAGUCUACUCCCGGUUCCCAGACGAAUGGAGAAAGAGCCGGCAGCCCCCAAACCAGUGGACACGCGUCCACGGUGGCGCUAA